UUUUUCUCAUUCAAAAUCGUCCGUGUUUCCCCAUCGCCAUGGAGCGCACGUGGGACUGUGUGAUGGGCAGAUCUGGUAAUGCACAGCAUUGAGGGAACAGUUGCGAGACACAUGUAUCAAUAUUCGAAAAGUAAACAACGAUUAGCAGUAUAAAAGCGCCAGAUGGAUACGGAUGUAGUCUUAUUAGUACGACUUCCUUAACCUAAGGAAACAAGAGUUCAGAAAUAGCUUGGGUUACCCGCUAGACACAGCGUCCUUUUCGCUAUAUCGUCUGCUUUCGGAUCAGUCGAGCAAUCCGGUCGGUUUAGCGCUGGAUUUUCAGAAUUUUUUCUCUCUGUAUCGAGCAGAAUAACUUUAUUUCAGCCAUGGAGGGAGUUACUAUGGGCAAUCUAAUGGAUAUCUUUAUGUGUACCAGUGUCGCGAUUAAUUUUUCAGUGUUUUGCUACUUUUUCAUCUUCGCUCUAGCGGAUUUAUUCGUGAAAACUUGCCACUCGCCAACAUCUAGAAUGUACUUGGCCCAUAAACAUUGCACGGAGUUCAUGCGGAAUUUUUACCUUGAGAGUGUCUUCUAUUCUGCCCAAGGUAUAGCAGCCAUCAUCAUAACAUUGAUCUGUCACGAGACUGUUCUUUCCUUCGAGACCCAGUUACCUCGUCCCGCUCAAUUCCUUCUUGCAGCAUCCUUGGGAUUCCAUGUCGUGGCCUUCUUCAGAGUGGCAUUUCUCGGCAAUAGCUGCAUCGUGAAAUACACCAUCAUGUUGAUGCAGUUCAUGGUGAUCCUGACGAUUGUGGCAGUUCUUAUUACCAAGGAGGAUGCUCCGAUGGGCAUGAUCUUGCUGGUGAGUGAGACAGACAUGCUGUUUGCGAACGUUGGAAAGCUUCACAAGGUCAUUCGUCUCAAGGGCACCAGGAGGUACCGUGUCAUUAUAUACGUAGGAGCCUUUGCGACCGUCCUGUCCCGAGCUCUCAUUCCUCUUGGAUACCUUGCAAUGGCUCUUCUGGAGGGAAGUCCCUUGAAAAUGUCAAUCUCAGCGACGACAGUGUUCUUCGUCGGGCUUGUCGCAUGUGGAGCCAUCAAUACCUGGAGGAUCAAUUCAGCUAUAGCCCGCAUUUGCCGGAAGGAGGAAAGGAUCAUCGAGGUGGUUCCUUACGCCAGCAUGUCCGACGAGCGGGGCAACAGCUCAGGACCUAAACCAGACGAAAUGGCUUCGUCCAUCAGUGCCAACAUCGAAAUGCCACCAUCCUACAACGACGUCUUUGCUGCUGAAGAUGCCACCACGACUGCUUCUCCGGCUGCCUCAGAAGACCUAACUGCCUCUGGUCUCACCUUUACAAAUCCAAUGGCAGAUGACUUUAUAAAUGAUUCCCUAAUACAUGUUGCUCUUGCUGCAGGAAACAGUGAUACCUCGGACAUGAUGAACUUUUCAACAUACGGGUUAAGAGCUUCAGACUUCGACAGGCAAAGAGAUUCGGUGAUGACCACAGAUACUGAACUAAGCUCUCUAGCAUGAGCAAUGUGUGAAAAAGCCCAUUAUUUAUUUAUUGUUGUAUUGUGAAAGAGGAGUACGUAUAAGAAGGAACUAUCUUGCAAUUUUUGACCAGCAUUUGAAAUUCGCAAUCGACCACGAAAGUCGUGAAGAUGUUGAUUUCGUAUAGCUCGCUGUGGUAAUGUGAAGUGUAUCAUCAUGGAUCAUGCAAGCGCGUGCAUGUUAAACGGAAGUACUGUAUUGAUUGGAUACAGAAACAAUCACUUCAAUCUUUUUUUUUUGAAAUCUUUUAAUAUCAACCAGUACUGAAAUGUGAAGCUUUUUUAUCAUUAGACGAAUCUUUCCUGACCCAGCUUCAAUGCAUUCAGUUUGUUGGUUUCAAAUAAUCUAAUUAGAUCGUGGCUACUGAAAACAAACUGCGCACAAAAGACAAACGAAGUGAUAGCAUUAGAAAUGGAGACAAUUCUAUCAAGAGAUAACCGAUGGGAAAGCUACAAAGCUUUAUCACACCGAACAAAAUAUUUCAGGGAAAUAACAUGUGGAAUAUUAUGUAGAGCACAAUAACGUGUCAAGAAUUUCUUUGAUAAUUUAUUGAUAAUUCUUGAAUAUUCAUCAAUUAGGAAGGACAUCUUAGUGGAGCUAAAACAGGAUAACUGAAAUGUUGCUGCCCCCUAUGAAGUAUGCAAACACUGCAAAUGAAACUAGGUAAAAUAUGUUUGUCUUUCCCUCUAGAAAUCACACGGUGCCUUACAAUGUGUUUACAUAAUUUACAGCGUGUUCACAUAGUUGACGGUUUGAUGAUACGAUUUCCUCUGUAAAAUAUUCAAAUCUAAAAUGAUGAAGACAGUUCCACACUGUGAAGACCUCAAUAGUGUGAGUAUUCCCAAUGUGUUCACAUUGUGGACUAUGUGAAGAUGAGAUUCACACUGUCCGAAUGACCAGGAUGAUCUCACACUGUGCUCCAAAAUGUGAACACACUGUGGAACACACUGUGUAAUGUAAUGUGAAACAUACUGUGCUACACACUGUGAAUCAUACUGUGCUCCACACUAUGAACACAUUGUUAUCCACACUGUGAACACACGGUAGAACAAACUGUGGAAGAUACUAUGGAAUACAUUGUGGAGCACACUGUGUAACAAACUUUGGAACAUACUGUGGAAUACUCUGUGGAAAAUACCAAGGGAUACGCUGUGGAACACUGGAACACACGGUGAACAUAUUAUGAACAUACUAUGGUCCACACUAUUAACAUACUGUGCUCCAUACCAUUAACAUACUGUGGUUCCACACUGUGAAACAUACUGUGGAAUACGCUGUGGAGCACACUGUGUGACAAACUGUGGAACAUACUGUGGAAUAUUCUAUGGAAAAUACCGUGUGAUACACUGUGGAACACUGUACCACAGUUUGAACACACUCUGAACAUAUUGUGGAACACACUUUGUAGCAUACUGUGCUCCACACUAUGAUCAUACUGUGAUCCACGCUGUGCACAUACUGUGGUCCACACUGUGAACAUACUAUGAACACACUGUAGAAUUCAAUGAAGGAUACUGUAUUCUCUCCAGCACGGAUUCGGUUUCUCAUAAUAGAAUCAAAUUCGGUUUACAAAACAUGGAGGAUUGUUAUUGUAUCAUUAUUAUUAACAAACAUAAUUAUGCAAUAUAUCAUUUUAAGCACUUGUAUGUCUUCUGCUCUGAAGAAUUGAUACGAGAACUGAGGCUGGCCUUAAAACAAAUGUACUAUAAGAGCAUCACCAAACUUUUCAAUUCCCGAAUGGCGGAAUCUCUAUUGCAUUGUUUAUAUAUGUUUAUUAUAUAGCACUUUUCCGUGUUUAGUAUGCUUUUAGUGUAACUGCAUGGUGAUUGCAAUGCAAUUUCCGUUUGAUAGCCUCAUUGUAUGAGAUCAACUGUGGAAAUAUAUGCCAAUUUUUAAAGAAAAGUAGUGCAUUUUAGUGAGAGGAGGACUCGCCCGCCCCCUGACGCUAAUUUCAGAUGUAUUGAUGAAAAGAAAAAUCUUUAUUUAAAAAAAUCCAAUAAAAAUACAUAAUUAACAGAUAUAAUCGAAUUCAAAAGAAAAAAUGGAGUAUGUAUGUAUCACCGGCUCCCUUGAAUCGAGCCUCCAUCGAAAAUUUUGUCUGACAUUUUAUCAGGUCUGUCAGCUUUCUUUGUUUUUGAUUGGUUAAGAAGCAUGGUUCCCAUGGUGACUGUCGGAUAAAUAUGUCUGACAAGAAAUUUCAUAAGAAGCAUUCCCAUGAUUGGAGGAUUUGUGUAUACUGUUUUGUAAAAAAAAAGAAAAAAAAAUAAUGAAAAGCGAAACAAAAUAUCAUUUUUUCAAAUCUUAUUUGACUUCCGAUUUACAUGCAUAUUCUAUUAGAUUUUUUCAGUGUUACAUUUGUUUUUUUUCUUUAUUCAAAUUAUGUCUUUGAUACUGUAGGCUUGACCUUUCAAUUUUACACCCUAGUAAUCUACUAAAGACUUAUUGUAUUCGUCUUUUCUUAACUUUUCAAAUUCUCUUUCAGUUUAUUUACCAUUUUAUUACCAUUCGUUGGUAUAUCGAAUUCAUUACCUUUGCCAGUGAUAUGUUUUAAUACGUCAUUUAUGUUUUUCCUGAUAAUUAUUUAAGAUGCAGUUUCUUGCUUUUGUAAUUCAAGGUUCUCUUUCAUUUUAUUUACAGUUUUUCUCAGUGUUACGUUAGGUAUUUAAAACUCAAUCUGCCUUACUCAGAUAGAAUUGCUUUCAAUGUUCAUAUACAGUUUAUGCUAUAAAGUUAUUUCCUUUUCACCAUUUUCAUUUUAGAACAGAUAAGAGUUUUCAUAUUAUUGGAGCGUUCAUCCUUUUGUAUGAAAAGUUUCUGUAAAGGAUUUUGUACCAUUUAUUGUAAUUAUUCUCUUCAUUCUGUCGGAAAUUACAUGCAUGCAUGCAUGCACCAAACUAGCAACCAGAAGAUACACCCUUUCACUUUCUCUUACCCCCCCCCCCAUCCUUUCCCCAUCUCCCUCCCCCUCUAGAUUUGUCAAUCUAUCUAUUUCUUUAUCUGUCCCCCUUUCAUAUAUGUGUAUCAACACGGUCGACAGCUCUCUUUAAAUGCCAAACAUUUACCCCCCCCCCCACCACCACCUAUUCAGAUCUUUGCCAUCUUGUUUAUUACACUUUUGAUGUUUGAUAAUAAAAUCGAUUGAAACAUA